CAUUUACCACAAGGAUCCGGCGCGCGUAGGAAGCCAAGAUUACCCUAAUCUGCCACCUUGGAUAUCUGGCUCAAUCUUCUGCCGCGAUUGCUCCAUCGUUGAUGAUAACUGGAAAAACGUUCAAUCACUCCCGCAUGUCCGCACCCAUCGCCAAAAAGCUUGGCGGCGAGCUCCGUCUGGACUCAGCAUGUCUCCAAGUCUAAAGCGGAGGCGAAGUGAACUGUCUACCGGAAACGCGCCACCGCCAGCCGCAACGGCCCCCGUCGAACCCAGUCCAACCCAAACGCCCGCUCCUCCGAAACGACAGCGCGUAUCGAGGGCAUGCGAUCAAUGCCGGGCCGCACGAGAGAAGUGCGACGGCGUUCAGCCCCAGUGCUACUCUUGCACGUCGCUAUCUAGACCGUGUACCUACACGAUAGCGCCCAAGAAGCGAGGCGUCCAAACCGGCCUGAUACGAACCUUGGAGCUCACACUCGCCUGGGUCUUUGAGAAUGUCGCAGGCAGCGAGGAUGCGCUCGCCGCGCUGUUGUCCAACGAGUCGAGGCGCGCCUCUGGGUUGUUGCUCGACAAGGGGAACGAGGAAGGGAUCAGGCUACACAAGAGAUGGAGAAAAAGCAGGAUACACAGAGGAAUUGAUAGGUUACUGUCAGAGAAAGAUGGCGCUCCGCCUAGGGUGACGGAGUCUCCAGCUGAUUCCGACGGCGACAUGCAAACUUCUGUGCCCGACCGUAACACGGAAGAUCGGGACAUACACCCGGCGGGGCCGGCGGGGCCGCCGAGAGCAGCUGGUUCGAUCACGCCGGCAGCAGUGGUCAAUCUACCGGGUCCGACGACAUUGGCUUCAAAUGGCAAAUCGUGUCUACCGCGAGUAAGCUUACCAAAGAACUACCAACGCCUUCUCGAUGUGUACAAUUCGUACACAACUUGCUGGUUACCUAUACUUGAUCAAGCAAUAUUACUUAAAACUGCCUCUAUAUAUCCAUCAGACGGGCUGAUAUUGGAGUCUCAGCUGCCAUCAAUUGGCGCCCAUGCCGAACUGUGGGCAGCCCUUGCGCUGGCUUCGUUUCAAAACGCACACUCAUCUAUCGAGCACCCUGAGGAAAUACCAGCGUCAGAUGUCUAUGCAGUGGCUCGUGCUUUGAUACCUUCAUCAGAGCAUACUAAUUUAACAAAGUCCCAUCUCAAGGCCCUGUUGCUACUCUCAUUGGUGCAAUUCGGAAAGCAGAACACACAUGCCGCCUCGCAUCUUGUGGGCAUGGCCGUUAGGCUUGCGCUUCAGAUGAGACUUGGCGCUCAUACGGAGCAAGUCAAUUCACAGACAUCUCAAGACCAGCUGCUGCUAGCAGUAUGCUUCUCUCUGGAUACGCUUCUUGGUCAACUCUCGGUCCAGCCAUCACAUCUCACGAGGCACACCGUCAUGCCUCACAUUGCCGCAAGCCAGGAUAAUUCUGCCGAGUGGGCACAUUGGCUGCCUUGUACCGGGUUUGGAUUUUCAGAGCCUGGUAAUUCCAACUUGUGUCCCAAGCAGUCUGUUCAACCCACCAAAUGCUUUGAUCAGCUCUUUCAGUUCUUCCGUGUUCUUAGCCAGCAAUCCGAUCUACACUCACGUCUUCCAAAAGAUGGUUCCGAAGGCGGAACGGGUGACCUUGUCCGCUGCCUAGCCCCGGAAUAUUCAUUCUGUAACUCAUUGGUAGGGAGCCAGGUGACGGCCUCGAUCCCCUCUGCGUACUUUGUGCAAGCAGCGUUUCUCUCAGCGUCUCUCGUACUCUCCCCCAAUGGUGCGAGCUCCAGGGUUUCACUACUUUGGGGUCUCAUGGAAGUCAUUGAAACGUUCAUAUCUCGAUUUGGUGCCUGCGGAACCCCUCCGCUAUUGGUUUCUUUUAUGAGGCUGGCUGCCAAUGAAGGUCGCCUAGACUGUCUACAGGAAAAUGACAAGAGACGUUGGGGGUCCCUAUCACGAGUUCUAGGAUCUAUCUGGAGCUCUGCGGGCGGAGGAGAUCGUCCCAGCACACAACCCCAACCGCAAUCACAGCCACAACCCGCACAGCAAGAACACAUACAAGAGCGCAAUCAUCAAACUAGACCAACCCCUGCUCAGGGGCAAGCAAUUGUACAGCAACCUCUGCCACCUCUGAUCGAUGACCGGACACGAAUUCCCUUUUUAAACACACAUCACCCUGGCCCUAUACCGCCGACGAAUCCUCGGUUUGGGCCAUACCCCAUGCCACAGACUUCAAAUAUUGGGCAUGAAUCUCAGCCAUCAUCAAUGCUUCCAUACCAUGGCCCCAUGCAUCUCGGCAAUCCGGGUAAUAUACCCAGAAAUAUGGUGCCUGGUACCAACGGCCAGAGGAUGAUGGAUCACGGAAUGCACAACGCGACGACGCUUGGCAUGCAAAACCGCCAGCACGACUCGAACAAGGGGCUUGAUUACGAUGCCAUGUUGGACGAGCUCGCAGCUGCCGAUUGUAACGAUACUUUGGAAACUGAUCCUGCGUUUAUGACGAACCUGGGCUUUGCCCCGGGAUAUGACUUGGACGAAUUUCUUCGAAAGGGUUUUGGCUCAUUUUGAUAAAAUAGAGCCGUCAUUAUAAAUACAAUUUUUAUUGUUGGCGCA